UGUUAUUAAAUAAAUAUUUCGCAGUUUAAAUCACGUAUAAAUUGAAUAUUAUAUUUUUUUGAAUAUGUUUACAUUCAAAUUCUGGCAUGCAAUAAUUUGGUUUUGGGAAAUAUUCCAGUACAGCUUACCUGUAUAUGCUUGACGUUAAACAUCCGUUUACUGCUGAUUAGGGCGACUUCAGUUGUUAUCGGAAACUCCUAAAAUGGCUACGACUCCUAUGAAACGGCCCGUGAUGGGAAAACAGCCAGUAGUGCCCCAGUUACCUGAAAUUUCGGUGCGGGAUUCCAUACGAUUAAAAAGUUCCAGGCCGUCAAGUUCAAUGAGAACUCAUGCUUAUUCUAGAUUUAUGCAACGGACUGCAGGGGUUUCGUUGUAUGAUAAAGCUUUUGGCUUUGCAAAUUCACCAAGCAAACGUUUUAGCAGGAUCAUGAAACAAAGAACAUCAAAGCGUCGCAGUCUCGAAGUAUUUCGCUGUUCGUCUCUAGAUCAACGAGAACAGUAUCGAAGAUUGAUUGAACAAUAUAGGUCUACGACAACAAAACCAGCUCCUUCAUUGUUUAGUAACGAUGACAAAAUUAGAACACCUAUGAAGCAAGCGAAAAGAAACCUCAACGUUAGUAUAAUUGAUUUGACAAAUAAAAAUGAGACAAAACGUGACGAAAAUGUUGAUAGAAAAGCUCCGAUGUUGCGGGAAAAAUUAAAGGAACUCGAUAACAUUAUAAUUCAGCAUCCGAAGCCUUUAAUUCUAACAAAUGGUGCCGAAAGUCAAACAGAAACCACUCUCAAUGAUAGUAUAAAGAGAAGCCAGAUUUUGAAAGAGUUUUCUUCCCCAUAUUUGUCACAAAAUUUUGUUCCUGACAUGUUAAAGACAUACAAUCGUCGAGUUCGUCAGAGGCAAGCUCAAACACGUGCUGAAGAAACACGAGCCCGACUUUGGCACGAGAAACGUGAAGAGAAAGAUGCACUUCUGGCUGAAAUUUUACACAACAAAUUAAAACUCCAAGAAAAAAAGAUUAUCGAACAACCCACACUUCCUGAGCUGACUUCCGACAUGAGUGAACACAUAAACAAAGCACUAGUUCCAUAUCCUCCAAAUCAAGUCCUUUCUGAGUGUUUCAACAUUUCAAUAACCCGCGAGCACAUGUCGACUUUGUUCGGUCUAAAUUGGCUUAAUGAUGAAAUUAUAAAUUUUUAUAUGGAAUUGAUUGUCCAGCGCUCUAAAGAUGUAAAAGAUUACCCCGCAGUACAUUCCAUGAAUACAUUCUUUUAUCCCCGAUUGAGUACGCAAUCUUAUACAUCAGUACGUCGGUGGACAAAAAAAGUUGAUAUAUUUUCCAAAGACAUCGUUCUGUAUCCAAUACAUCUUGGCGUGCAUUGGUGUCUAGCUGUCGUUGAUUUCAUAUCGAAACAAAUAAGAUAUUAUGAUUCGAUGGGUGGAGCCAAUCGGGAAUGCCUUGAAAUCCUAAAAAAUUAUCUUCUUUGUGAGCACAAGAAUAAAAAAGGAUCAGAGAUCAAUCUUUCUGACUGGCAACUGUUGUCAUUGUCUGAUAUACCGCAACAAAUGAAUGGAUCAGAUUGUGGAGUCUUUGCUUGCAAAUUUGCAGAGUAUAUUACUUCUAAAUCAGACUUAACAUUUUCCCAACGAGAUAUGCCUUACUUUCGGCGAGCCAUGGUAUGGGAAAUUAUCAACAAAAAACUUCUACGGUGAUAUUGAAGCUUUAUGACAUUGUACUAAUAUAUUUAUAUCAUUUUUGGAUCUUGUUUACUUUGGUAACCUUUGUUAAAUAUUAUUAUCUGCUUCCCAUCCAUUAUGACAUCAUUAUUCUGGCUACCAUGCUCCAUUGAUUCCUGCAAGGAGUUUGAAUCGAACUUGAAUCCCCAAUUUUGUGUUAUGUAGGCUGCAAAAUGAAUAAUCUAUGUUGAGGAUUUUAAAUCAAUAUUACUUGGGCCCUAGAAAUAUAAGUCCAGACUCUAGAUCAGGGUGGUACAAGAUUGGCAGCUUCGCGGGCCACAAAAUUACUUUUGCAUUGUUCGCGGGCCACAAUAGUGCCAAGAACUUUAACUUCGCUAGUUGCCUCAGCAAGCCAUAAUACUA